AUGGCCGACUUUCAUUUUGAUGUCGAGUUCAACGAUCAAUACGAGCGUAUUCCCGCGCAUAAGGUGUUGUUGGCCACUGCGAGUGACGUCUUCCGUACAAUGCUCAAUGGGUCUUGGCUAGAGAAAGAUGAAGCUAAGAUAGUCGACGCUUCACCGUCUGCGUUCAAGGAGUUUCUGCAAUUCAUUUACUUGGGCCGAGUGAAAGUGACAACUGCAAACGUGGCUCAAGUGAUGAACAUGGGAAAGAAGUACGACAUCCCCGAAUGUUUGAAUGCGUGUCAUGACUUCUUGCUAAACACACUCACCAAUGAAAACAUGUGCAUGGGAUAUGGACUUGCGAUACUUUUGGAAGACAAACGAUUGAUGGAAUUUUGUGAGAGCAAAAUAAAAUACAACACGAAGGAAAUACUGUCAUCGGGCAGUUUUCUGCACUGCGAUCGAAAGGUGUUGCGACACAUUCUGCAGUUGGAUUCAUUGUUCUGCACAGGAGCCGAAUUGUUCGAAGCAUACAUGUCAUGGGUAAAGUCAGCCAGCAAACAGGAGCAUCUGACCAGAGAACUUAUUCAAGAACAUCUCGGUGGUUUGUUUUACGCCAUCCCAUUUGGAUCGAUGUCGCUCAAAGAGUUCGCUGCAUUCGAUCGUUCAUACGAAGAUCUCUUUACGCUUGAUGAACACAAAGAAAUUCUUCAAAUGUUUGCAUCGGAAGAUUUCAAAUCUAAAAUUUUCUGUGCAAAUCGUGGAAUAUUCUAUGCAAUCAGCCCAAAAUGGAAUGAAAAUGAUGUGGUCAUUUGCGAUCGCCUAAUGGACGAGUGUCAUCCGUAUUUUUUGGAAAACGUUGAAACAACCAUUUUUUCUACGAAUAAAGUGAGUUUAUUGGGAGCAAUCGUUUGCGCAUACUUACGCGAGAGAAGAAAUGGUGGUUGGUAUAACACGGACAGACUUCCAACGAAAAUAACGAUUACCGAAUGCGAUGAAUCAACUUCUUUGAAUGAAGCAACAAUCGCAUAUGAUGGCAAAAGUGUUUUGGAGAGCAGAAACACAACACGCAUUCUUCUACCCAACCCGAUACUCAUCAAACCGGGAUUCGUAUACAAAAUUCGAAUGGAACAAGAUCCGCCAGCCAAUUACUGUACGCCUCGUGAUCUAAAGUCUGAAGUGGAAUUAGAACCUGGCAUCACUGUGAAAUUCCACGGUUCUACUGAGGGUAAAGUGAUGGGAGGUUUAAUAUGGGAACUUGAGUUCAACCGAAUUCAAAAAUGA